AUGUCGAAAGUGAUUUUAUAUUCUUGUUUAUUUGGUUUGUUUUUGGGUGUUUCCAAAGGUUGGGUUAUAAAUGAUAUAAACGCUAAGAUGUUGUCAAAAGGAUUGUUUUCAAAUGAACUCAGUGAUGAAGACAUUAUGAUGGCUGAAGCUACCACCUCGAUCAAACAACGGAUCAGUUUAAUAUUUCCAGGCACAAAAUGGUGUGGUGCAGGCAAUGUGGCUGAAAACUAUGAUGAUCUAGGCACUGAAAAGGAAGCCGACAUGUGUUGCAGAGAACAUGACAACUGUCCCGACUUGAUUCCUGGAGGAGGAACUAAAUAUAAUUUGACUAACGACGCUUUUUAUACUAGAUUAAGUUGUAAGUGUGACGAAAAAUUCUUGACAUGUUUGAGAUCUGCUAACACGAAGGUCGCCAGGUACAUUGGAGUUAUAUACUUUGAUGGACUACAAACCAAAUGCUACAGAGAAGACUAUCCAGUCACCAAAUGCAAUAAAAAAGGAGGAUGGUUCAAAACGAAAUGCGUGGAAUAUUCAUACAAUACAAACGGGAAAAAGAUCUACCAGUGGUUCGAUGUGGAAGAUUUCUGA